GUUGUGUCACCCAGGUCAAAGGAACACGAUUGAAGAUGAUCGAUGAAGUGAUGAAAUACAAGUACAAAUACAAUUCUGUGUCUGAUCCGAAGCUAAAAUAAGUGGUGUGACCGGAUGCGAGUUUGGCUGACUGAUGCAACUGUGGAGCAUCGACUCCCACCGCUGAAACGUGAGACGCCGGAGCUGAGAGCGCUUCACCGGCGCACUCCCGCCGCCCUCGGCUCUCGGCGACACGGUCCGCCCGACAUGGCGAGUAUCAACGGCGGCUCGUCCGGUUGCCGUGCUGUGGUAACGAUGGGGAAAUACCUGUCGAGCCCUUCUGCUCCGGUUUUGACUCGCGGCCAACAGAACCGCCAGAAGCCGCAGCAGCCAAGGAUGUUCGCUCCGCAGCGGCGCGCUGUGAGCUCUGACGCGGCCGGAGCGAAAGGAAAGUCCGCGGCUUGGGCCCAACCGGAGGUGCCGGGCUACUUUUCCGCGGCGGACCGCCAUGUGCUACCGGUUCGGAAUCUGAUCUACCGGGACGUGAAAGCUUUCCUCAACGAAGUGGGCGGGAAUCCACAGGAAGCUCGGUACUGGUUGACCCAGUUCCAGAACGCCUCCGCGACCCAGUCCCCGGCGUUUGCGGUUCUGGAGGUGGACAGCUCGGUGUUCGACAGCAGGGAGAUGGUCCAGAGUCUGGCUUUCGGACUCUCCUUCCUGCAGAGGAUGGACAUGAAGCCCGUGGUGGUGAUGGGCCGGUCAGCGGACGAGCUGGUGGUUGGGUCCUCCCGAGGUCUGGUGGAGCGCUGCCAGCAGCUGACCGAGGCCCUGCAGCAGCACUCGGCCACCGUGCUGCCCUUCUUCUCCGCCGAAUCUUUCCUGACGCUCACCAAAGCCUCCAGCGGCAGCAGCGCCCCCCAGUCCGUGUCCGUGGACCCCGGUCUCCUUCAGUGGAGUCUGGACCUGGGCACCAUUCCGCUGGUCUGCCCGGUGGGGAGGGACGCACAUGGGUGCUCUGUAAUCUUGGACCCAGUGGAGGUGACAGCGGCGAUCUCUCGCGCCCUGCAGCCCCUCAAGGUCAUGUUCCUGAACAACUGCGGAGGCCUGCGAGGCAAAGUGAACCAGGUCCUGGCCACGGUGUCGCUGCCCGCCGACCUUCCUUCUCUGUCCACGGCUCAUUGGCUGACUGAGGCCGAGCGCCACAGAGUGAGCGCCAUCGCCAGGCUGCUCAACCAGCUACCCGGGGAAUCCUCGGCCGCCAUCACCUCCGCCGACACGCUGCUGACCGAGCUAUUCAGCCACCGCGGUUCUGGUUCUCUCUUCAAAAAUGGAGACCCCAUUCACAGGUACACCUCGCUGGAGGAGAUCGACGUGGACCGUCUUCUAGCUCUGAUCAACAAGUCGUUCGACAAAACUCUGCGGCGCGAUUACAUCGAGUCACUGAAGAGGCGACUUCACUCCAUCUACCUCUCAGAAGGGUACACCGCUGCUGCAAUCAUCACCAUGGAGACGGUGAACAGCGGCACCCCGUACCUGGACAAGCUGGUGGUGAGCAGCAGCAAGCAGGGUCAGGGCACCAGCCACAUCCUGUGGGAGUGCAUCCGGCAAGACCUGGGCAAACUCUUCUGGAGGUCCAGGGCCACCAACAAGAUCAACCCUUGGUACUUCAAACAUUCGGACGGAAGCUUCGUCAAAGGGGUGUGGACCGUGUUCUGGUUCGGCCUGACGGACAUCCGCGACUCGUACGAGCUGGUGGAGUACGCCAAAAACCUCCCUGACUCGUUCCGCCCCAGCCCAAAUACCUCAUCUCCGGCGGACGGGUCCUAGAGCGCCACCCGACUUCAAACAUUGGACACACACAGAUCUUUUUAUAUCCGUAUUAGGUCAACAGCACUUUGGGUUGAACCUCCUCGGAGCCCUGGUGCCAACCGAACCCAAGGCCUCCGCUGGACCUGAGCUUCUCCGAUUGUCUCAGGAUCUCCUGAGUCCCGGCAGCACGUGGCGCUUACUCUUGUCCCCCUCCUUCACGUGUUUGGGGCCGGACACUUUAUGAAAUGUGAAAUAGGAUCUACUAUCUCAGUAUUUUUAUUCUGACUUGACAAAGAAAAUGUGUUUUUUCUAUUCAGGAUUUCCUGUUUUGUGGGAUUGCUUUCACAAAUGUCCCAUUAAAACUUCUCAAUUUCAACUGGUUCUGCAUUGAAGUUCCUUGCAUCAGGCAGGUCCCGCCUCGCUGCUGCAGAAGAGCGACCCGACCGGAGUCAGGGAGGACUCUGCUUGUUGUCUUAAUAUUCAGAUAUUCUUUAUGAUGAUUUAACCCUUUUUUUGGUGGUGGGUUUUUUCUAUAUAACUGAUUAAAGAGCAUUGCAUUAAAGACAAGAAGUUUUUUUAUAUUAAAUACUAUCAAAAUCUAUCAGAAAGGAGUAAUUUCCCCCGAUUUCUACUGUUGACGUAUCUUUGGCGCAAAACCAAAAAUA